AUCCAACCAAUAACGGCCGUGCCUCUUUCUCUUUGUAUAAACCGGCUUUUCUUCUUUUCAUCGUCAAAUUCAGAAACCCUAGCACACCACCUUCUCUCAUCUUAUCGACAAGAAGUUAAGUUUCCUUCCGAUUCGUUUCUUUAAUACCGGAUCAUCUUCUUCGAUGAGUCAAAUGCCCGGGUUAAGCUGCAACGCUUGUAACAAGGAGUUUGCUGAUGAAUCGGAGCAGAAGCUCCAUUACAAGUCCGACUGGCACCGCUACAACCUCAAACGCAAGGUUGCUGGAGUUCCAGGGGUGACAGAAGUGCUCUUUCUAUCUAGGCAGUCCGCACUUGCUGAGGAGACAGAGAAGUCUAGCAAGACUCCAAUGCUGUACAGUUGUGGUCUUUGCGGAAAGGGAUAUAGAAGUUCCAAGGCUCAUGCUCAGCACCUAAAAUCACGAGCCCACAUAGUGCGAGUUUCCCAAGGAAUGACUGAAGAUGGUGCCAGCACAAUAAUCAAGCCCCUAGCACCCCGUGUUGUUGAUAAACCUCCCCAACAAAGAGAUCAAGAUGAAGAAGAAAGCGAUGAAACUGAUGAGUGGGAGGAGGUCGAUCCAGAGGAAGAUUUGGUUGAUGAAGCUGAAGAGUUAUCCCAUAUGAACAUGAAAGGUGAUGCUAGUGAUGUUGACAUGGAUGACAUUGACUUGGACCCAACAUGCUGCUUUAUGUGUGAUUUAGAACAUAAUACAAUCGAAAGUUGUUUAGUUCACAUGCACAAGCAGCAUGGCUUCUUCAUACCUGAUGUGGAGUAUCUGAAAGAUCCAGGAGGCCUUCUUACUUACCUUGGUCUUAAGGUGAGAAGGGAUUUCUCGUGUUUGUACUGCAAUGAAAGGCGUAAUCCUUUCAACAGCUUGGAAGCAGUAAGAAAACAUAUGGAGGCAAAAAGUCAUUGCAAAGUGCACUAUGGCGAUGGUGGGGAUGAUGAUGAAGCAGAGUUAGAAGAAUUUUAUGAUUACAGCAGCAGUUAUGUGAAUACUGAUGAGAAGCAGCUGGUUGCAUCUGAUGACAUGAGAAACAUGGUUGAACUUGGAAGUGGUGGUUCUGAACUCAUCAUAACCCGGAGUACUAAGAGUGGAACUUCAACUAAGACAAUAGGAUCUCGGGAAUAUUUACGCUAUUACCGUCAAAAACCUCGCCCAUCACCAACAAAUGGCUAUGCCAUUACAGCUUCAUUGACUUCAAGGUAUCGCAGUAUGGGAUUGGCAACUGUGCAGUCGAAGGAGCGAACGAUCAGAAUGAAGAUCUUGAAGGAGAUAAACCGAUCAGGGGUGGAGGCUAUGCGUUCUAAGAUUGGCAUGAAAAGUAAUGUCAUCCGCAACCUCCCCAAGAAUGUUACACACUAGUCCUUGUUCAUGUUACGUAUUUGUUGUUUUAAAUUUUGUUUCCUUAGGUUGUGUUCAAAUCAAAACCAAAACCUUUUUUCUUUCCCCCCAAACAGAAUGGUUUACAUUUAUAUUAUAGGAUUCUACAAAUGGCUUUUGGCCCUCCGUAA